AUGGACGUCAAAAAGAAGAGAACGGAAAUCCGCCAAGUUCAAAGACUAGAAGCCUUGAAGAUAGCCUGCCUCUAUCGCACAGUUUCAGAGUCUGUGAUAAUGGUGAUAGCAGGCAUUAUCCCCAUUGACCUUCUUGCGAAUAAAAGACGAUUGAAGCACUUUACGGAGCAGGACCUAGAAAGAGUGAAGGCGAAGAAAAACGCCCGGAAAAACCCCUGGGAACGCUGGCAACAUAGCUGGCAAGAGGAAUCUAGAGGUACGUGGAUAGCUUGCCUGAUAAAAGAUGUCAAGGAAUGGACAGAGUAG